AAGAUGACGGACGCUGGAGUUCAAUUGGCGCAGUCGGUCGACGCAACAUGUAAUGCACUGUUUUCCCCACAGGAAGGACCGCAGACGUUAACACUGACACCAGAAAAUAAACCCCAACCAAACUGUGUGUUUCCGCUGUACAUGUGGCUGAGCGAGCGGAGAAGCUGGCACGCCAUGGAAUCGAAUGUCCAGUUCGGUUUUGCCGCUUCCGGGACGUCAAUGCGGCAGUACACCGGGAAUUCGACGGACGACGACGAUGUCAUUCUGGAGACGACGUGUAUGCGGGAUUUCCCGGCGCGGAUCACCGUCGGGGAGUCGUUUAAAGCCGUCAUGUUUGCCACUCGCGGAUGCUCGAGCGGAUACAUGUGUAGUUUGACCCUGAGCCAAACUGUGUUUUUCCGCUGUGGCUAAGCGAGCGGAGUAGCUGCAUGGCACGCCAUGGAAUCAGAUGUCCAGUUCCGUUUUGCCGCUUCCGGGACGUCAUUGCGGCAAUACCCCAGCAAUUCGACGGACGACGACGAUGUCAUCCUGGAGACGACAUGCAUGCGGAAUUUCCCGACGCGGAUCACC